AUGGCCUCCCCAACUCCCAACCGCCCCUCCAUCAUCGGCGACCCCUCCGGGCCCUCCGAUCCCUACCCCCUCCACAUGUCCGGCCGCGUUAUCAGCGGUUUCGGCCGCGGCUCCAAAGAACUCGGCAUCCCCACGGCCAACCUCCCCGUCGACGACACCCAAACCCCCUGGAUCUCAUCCACCCCUUCCGGCGUCUACUUCGGCUGGGCCUCCAUCCGUCUCCCCCCUUCCCACCCAGACUCACCACCACCACCACCACCGCCCUCACAAAACGAGGCAACGCCAACGCCCACCGCCCUCCCCCCGACAAACGGCUUCACAGUCUACCCCAUGGUCAUGUCCAUCGGGUACAACCCCUUCUACAAAAACACCGUGCGCUCCGCCGAGGUGCACGUGCUGCAUAAGUUCCACGCCGACUUUUACGGCGCCGAGAUGCGGUUGCUCAUCGCUGGGUAUGUGCGUAAGGAGUUGGAUUAUUCUGGGCUGGAGGCGUUGAUUGCGGAUAUCAACUUUGACUGUGUCGUGGCGAGACGGAGUUUGGCUAGGGACGGGUGGGCGCCUCGGGGCGUGGAGGUUGCUGUGGAGAUUGAUGGGGAGGUUGAUGGGGAGGUUGAUGGGGAGGUUGAUGGGGUUGCUGCUGGUGAAGGGGGGGAGAAGGCGGUGAAGGUGUUGAGGGAUGGGAAGUUGGAGGCGGAUUGGUUGAUACGACCUAGUGAGCUGGGGGGGGAGGUUGAGGAUGCGGAAGGGAAAUGA